AUGUCCUUGUUCGGUGGUGACAGUGCUAAGCCAUGGCUCUCUUCCUAUGAGUCCGACACAUCAGAAUCCUCGUUCGCUCCCUCAUCACCGCCGGUUGUUGGGGUUGCAGAUGUGCACGAUGCGCAAGAGGCACAACCGGUCGAUACCUCAGUACAGACAAACGUAGACGGUGAUAUAGUCACCGAUGCAGAGUCAAAUGGUGAUGAGUUUGACGAGUCUGACGAGGAAGAUGAGGAUGAGGAACCCGUGCGGCCAAACCGGUUUCAUGGAACGCCGCAAACAUGGGAGGAGUAUACAGAGGCCGAGCGCCGAAUUGCAGAAUCGCUCGAACAAAUGGAAAAUUCCGACCUCUCCGCGCAUCUGUACAACGCACAUAUGCUCAAGCGGCGAUUGCAACGACCUGCACAAGACUUGGCGCGACUCGAAAUGUGGCAGAGCAAGGACGAGUGGCUGAUGCCUGAGAAAGACUUGAAGUACACGGACGCAGCGGGCCUGGUACAGGAUGCCAUAGUACCACCUCCAGACUGGACAGCAUGGCCAGUGCCUCCAGCAGAGCUUCCCGAUUACAACGAGAAAUCAGACAGUAGGCUAGUACGUGGACAAGCGGAUGAGUGGGCUAUCGAAAGUACCAGCAAACAUGAUGCAGGAGAAGAACUCAGGGAAGAGCUCUUGGCCGUUUUCCUCAGGAUAGCGAAAGACCAGUGGAAUAUGCGGGACAUAUCUUCAUCGACAUCUGAUGCCGACAAUGACCCCGAGACUUCACGAAGCCGGUCUCCAUCAGAAUCUGCUCGAUUCUCACGACCAUCCUCCGCAUCCCGUGCUGACGCUGAAACGAAAGCCUAUAGUGGUGCGUAUGGAGAGGCUGCUGGACAUGAGUCCAACACGGAUCAGACCCACGAAUAUGGGAAGAGGCGUGGCAGGAAGAAACAGCUCGACACAUUCACAAAGCCAGUUGUUUUGGCCGAUGAUGCGAGAGCGAAACAGCUCUUGCAGCCGUCGAUCCAGUCUAUUAUGAACAAGCUAGACGACCUUGCACUAGCUAUCUGUCGAAUGCAGCUCAACCAAAUUCGCGAUGAAGAUUCAGCUGGCUCUUCAAUGAGCGAAUUCACGUCCGGAGCAGAGUCAAGUGGGCAUGAGUCGAGGCCGCUAUCCAGAGCUCGGUCAAGGACAGCUUCGAGCCGCAGAAGACCCAGAACAAGAUCGUCUUCGCGUGCUAGCUUGGCACGAGCCAAUCGUGCUGUAGAGCAGAAUAGGCAAGACAAAGAUACGAAUGCAAUGGAUAGCGAUGCCACUUCCGGCGGUGCUUCUGACUGGGAGGCGUCCAGUCAAGCCCUUGGAGAACGGAAACGCCGCAGAUCUUCGGGCAGUGUGGGUGAUGGUGAUUCUAUAAUCGAAGACGAAGAGAUGGGGAGAGGCCUAAUGGACUGGAGUGAGGUGCUUGGACUCGCAGCUGUCAGAGGAUGGGACAAAGCGGCUGUGGAACGCACAGCUCAGCGCUGUGCUGCUCUAUUCGGCGAAAGUAUGUCAUUUAUACCAUACGACGAGUCUCUGGCGUCGCGAUCUGCUUCUAAACCGAUAUGGUAUACUCCAUCUACCCCAGCAGCUACAAGCCUUUUAUCAAGCACAAAGCCACCAGCUUCCGAGCGUCCGCUCUCCCAGUUUAACACUUUACGCUGUCCACACACAGAUUGCUAUGCUCACGAGCAUGACUUUGAGUCACCGAAUCGCGUUGCCGAGCACUGUUAUCGCGUCCAUGGAUACGAUCCCGAUAUCAAUGACAUCGAAAACGAGGAGAAGGUGGCUGGUUGUGUGCAUAUCGAUGGCUUUUUGCAACCUAUCACAGAGAAGCCAGGGUGGGUACGACAUGGUCGAGAAACGACCAGGGAUGAACGCAAAAAGCAAAGUAGGGGAAAAGACAACAGUCCGGGUGCAUUGGAAACUGCGAUCGGCGCUGAGGAGUGA